AUGGCGGAGACGGCAUCUUCUCUGGAUGGGCCUCCCCCAGACGCGGCCGAAACUUGGCACAAUCACUCAGUACAGAAGCAGGAUGGUGCUGAUAAGAGUCCCUCCAGCGAAGAUGCAGACCUCAAGUACGAGUACCCUACGGGGCUCCCAGUCACCCUCAUUCUGACUUCAGUUACCUUGGCCUAUUUUCUCUUCUUCCUUGAUCUUGCUGUCAUUUCCACAGCCACUCCGGUUGUUACUUCCCAAUUCAACUCUUUGGUGGACGUUGGCUGGUAUGGAGGUGCCUAUCAGCUCGGAAGUGCAGCUUUCCAGCCUCUCAGCGGCAAAAUUUAUAGCCAGUUUCCGAUCAAGUGGACCUUUCUAGUUUUCUUUUUUAUCUUCGAAGCUGGAUCUGCCAUUUGCGGAGCAGCUCAGUCAUCGCCCAUGUUUAUUGUUGGCCGUACAAUCGCAGGAAUCGGUUCUGCUGGGGUGGCUAAUGCAGCUUUGACAACCAUUUCUGCAGUGCCUCCAAUCCAAAAACAGGCGCUUUUCAUGGGACUUAACAUGGGUAUGGGCCAGCUGGGUCUUGCAACAGGACCGAUUAUCGGUGGAGCUUUUACCACCAACGUGUCUUGGCGAUGGUGUUUUUACAUCAACCUCCCGUUGGGCGCUAUCGUCGGCGAAUUCCUUCUCUUCAACAAUGUCCCCGAACCAAAGGCCAAGAGUCCACCCAUGGAAAUUCUCGGGACUGCCAUCAAGUCUCUAGAUCUCCCAGGUUUCAUGCUCAUCUGCCCCACGGUUGUCAUGUUCCUUUUGGGACUCCAAUUAGGUGGUAAUCAACACCCCUGGAACGGUUCGGUUGUGAUUGGCUUGCUGGUUGGCGCUGCCGUCACUUUCGCUCUUUUCCUGGUCUGGGAGCAUAGGCAGGGAGACAAUGCCAUGGUGCCAUUUGCAAUGCUUAAAAACAAGAUCAUCUGGUCAGCGUUCCAGGCUAUCCACGAUGACUCCCCCUUAAUGAGUGGCGUGCAUAUGCUUCCAAUCACAUUCGGCUUGGUCCUGUUUACCGUGGUUUCGGGUGUUCUGAUCUCCGUUCUGGGAUACUAUCUCCCAUUCUUGCUUGCAGGAGGCGCGAUUUCAGCCGUUGGCUACGGUCUCUUAUCAACACUCAGCCCCUCGACCUCGGCUGCAAAAUGGAUUGGGUAUCAGAUUCUGUACGGUGUUGCAAGCGGUUGCACGGCAGCUGCUAGCCCCGCUGAUGAAACGCCCUAUGAGUUAUUGGAAAGGCAGCGGGCAGUACUGGCAUGUUUUAUACUAAGCUCCAAUAUCUCGUCCCAUCUUGGGCGCCAAGAUGCUUUACGAUGGACGCCGCAAAUGGAGGAAGCGCUUCGACUCAUUACCACGAAUGAAUUAUGCGCCUCAGAUGAGUUAUUUGUCUCUCAAGUCCGCUUACAGUUGUUAAAGCAAAGAGCGGAGGAUAUCCGGCGGCAAGACGAAGCAGAUUACCUUUCCACGGGAGCAACACCCUUGGCAUCAGCUCCUCGUUUAUUCUAUCUUAAAUCUCUGCGAAGACAAUUGCAAGAGCUCCGCGCUUCACUCCGGCCAGAUCUUCCCCAGAUUGGUAAGUAG